ACACAAUGAAGCCUCCACUCUAUUUGAUAGCCUUGAUCAAACCACUCCGUGUUAGUCGCAAUGGAACCCGAGGAACCCGAGAGCGAGCAGCCCAGAGAAACGCAAGACACACGCCGUGCGUGUGAUCAAUGUCGACUACGAAAGAUCCGCUGUGAUAAACGCACACCGUGCGCAAAUUGCCGAACAUCCAAGAUAGUCUGUCGCUCUACGGGAGCAGGACAGAAGCCUCCGGAGCCGCGGCGGAGGGUAUUAAUUUCUAGUCAAUAUGAGAAGAAGAUCGACCUAAUCGAGGAGCGCCUUGGGAGCAUCGAGGUAUCCCUCCGUGAUCUUAAGUCUACCAUAACAUCUACCACAACUGCUGCUCCUGCUGCUCCUGCUGCUCCUGCUGCUGUCCCAAAUGAACUAACAUACCACCCUACAACUACACCAAGACAAAUUCACAUAACCCCCACUCCGUCAAACUACCCAUCCCGCACAACAACUGCAGCAGCGUUGGACCAGCACGAAUCCAGUCCCUUCGAAGGCAACUCCUCAAUGGCAGCGCACUCCGCCUACGCAAGCGAGUUCCUUGAGACAGCAGUCUCGCAGAGCGCACUGCAAGUAUCCAGUCCGAGAAUUGGGGCAGCACUGUCGACGCUCAAACAGAUUGUGAGUAUGCAAGAUCAUCAAGCGCAUCCGUCAAGUUCGCGGGAGGUCAGGUUGCCGAAUCAGAAGACAAUUCGGGGGACUGGGUUGCGGGAUUUGGCGAUGCCGCCGAUGGAGUUGGUGUUAAGGUUGUGUCGGUGGGUUAAAGAGAGUCCACCGACGAUAUUUGAGGGAUACUUCCCGUUUAUCUCCGUUGACAAAUUUGUCCAAAAGUGUCGUGAGGUAUACUUUGCUAUCGACGAGUACUCAGAUGCUACCUUCAUCGUAGUCAAUGGAGGUCUAUACAAUGUCUUCAUCGAAUGGAGCUUCAUGGCCAAAGACCACGAGACAAGAGAAGAAUGCCAGAAAUACCUCAGCCUCUGCCGUAACAACCUUGAAACAGCUCUUGUCAACCUGAACCUCCUAAUGCCCCCACGGGCAGAAUCCAUCGAAGCUCUUGCUCUAGGAACCAUCCACGCCAUCGAAAUCUCCAAACCCUCCUUUGCCUGGACCCUAACAUCAACCGCAGCCCGCCUCUGCCAAACCCUCGGUUACCACCGCGCCUCCUCAAUGGAGCACGACACUCCAUCCACCCAACAAGAAAAAAUGGGCCUCUUCUGGUCGAUCUACUGUCUGGACAAGGCACUCUCCCUGCGUUUGGGACGUUCAUCGUCAAUCCAGGACUAUGAUAUCUCCCUCCCUAUGAACUUUGAGGCAUCCAACGUCGUGCAACCGUGGAAGACCAUUCAUAAAUUGUGGAUCAGGCUCGCGAAGAUUCAGGGAAAGGUUUAUGAGUUCUUGUAUAGCCCGGCUGCGCUAUCGCAGCCUGAAGAAGACCGUGUGUCCCAUGCGAGACAGUUAGCGGAGGAGAUGCAGUGUACUGUCAUGGAUCCAUUCAAGAAAUUCACAACCAACCACAAUAACACUCUCAGCAAACUCCAAGAUUACUACCUCAAAUCUGACUGCGUCAGCCGUUUCUCCGUUCUCACCCUAAUCUACCGCGCAAUCCCGCCCUCCCCCGAUUCCCCCAGCGCCUUUACACACGACUGCAUCGAGACAGCUCGUGCAGCGCUCCAAGCACACCAGGACUGCAUGAUGAGUAUCAAGGAGAGUAAUGAGAUUAUGAAAUGCAGUUACAUGCACUGGACGAUUUUCUACGCGCCGUUUAUCCCGUUUAUAGUACUCAUCUGCCACAUCCUCGAAGUUCCCAUCGCCAACGCACCAACCCCUCAUACUAGCAGGUCGCCUACCAACGACAAUGACAACGACAGCAGUGGAGGGGUGGCGGACCUCUCCCGUCUAACAGAUUUCGUCCUCUCCCUGCGGCCACUAACCGCGCACUCCGAGGCCAUCGCUAACUUGCACAGGCUAUGCCAGGUUCUGUGCUCUGUGGCGAAGUUGUACGUUGAGGCCAAAGCGCAGGCUGCGAGGGGACAGGGUAGCAGUAAUGGCGGGGAUGAGGUCCUGGCGAGUGUGGGGCAGGAGUUUGAUGUGUAUUUGAGUGCGUUGGGGUUGGCGCCGCCGGGGGUUGGAGAUGGUGCUGUUGAUGGUGGUAGUGGUAGUGGUACAGGUGCAGAUGAAAUGUCAGAUGUGGUGAUUGAGGGUGGAGUGUCGCAGAGGACGCAGUUGGGGAAUUGGUUCUCGGGAAAUCAGUACAUGAUGGGGCUAUUGGAGGAGGAUCUUUCGUUGAUUGAUUUUAAGGGGUGGUUGUGAGUUGCCUUACGAAACGAUAUUUCUACGGAAUGUAUGCACAUAUCAAGAAUACCAUUCAAUUCAU